AUGUCGUACCCUGCACACGCAUCACCGGUGUUCCCGCCGCUCAAUUCGUCGCGGCCGCAGAAUACACAGCGAUCCAUGUCCCACCUGUCGACUAUGUCCGAGUACGAACUCGAGCACCACGACACUGCACCUUCCGAGUCCUCCUCUGCUGUCAAGCCUCUCCUCGAGCCUAUGCCCUCUGCACCGCCAUUGGUCUCGCCCUCAGGAACACCCAACCCCGCCGAGCCCUCGACCGACCCCGCUACCCACGAUGCCGACGCCCACGAGGCCGAACCCGCCGCUCCUCCCGCCCUGCUGGAAGAGCUACCCGAGGUCAACUGCGAAGUACGCGCGCGCAUCCCCACCACCUCGGGCCAAGAAAUGUUCCUGCACCUCUACCACAACAGCGCGGACAACAAGGAGCACCUCGCCAUCGUCUUUGGCCCCCACAUCCGCAGCCGCAGUCUCGAUGCCCCGCGAGAGGGCGAGACCGAAAAGGACCGUAUGAUCAGAGGCGCCUAUGUGGGCAAACUAUACCCUGGCCGCACUUCCAGUCGCUUGGAUCAGAUCAAGCAAGAUGCAGGUGUGCCCGCUGCACAAGUAUCGCGAAGUCCCACGCCUGAAGCCGUGACGACCGAGGAGAGACAAGACAAAGCUGUCAAAGUGGCAGAAGCCCAAAACAUGCCUGCGCCCUUGGCCCCCAUGGUGCGCAUACACAGUGAAUGCUACACUGGCGAGACGGUGUGGAGUGCACGUUGCGAUUGCGGCGAGCAGCUCGACGAAGCGGCCCGUCUGAUGUCUCUGCCCUUCGAUCCUACCGAUGCUUCCAUUCCCUCUCUGGGCGGUGUAAUCAUCUACCUCCGUCAAGAAGGCCGUGGUAUAGGGCUGCUUUCCAAGCUGAAAGCAUACAACCUGCAAGAUCUGGGCCACGAUACCAUGCAGGCGAAUCUCCUUCUCCGACAUCCCGCGGACGCCAGAAGUUAUGGAUUGGCAACAGCCAUGCUGAUGGAUUUGGGUCUGGGCGGUGACAGAGGCAUCAGAUUGUUAACAAAUAACCCUGAAAAAGUGCGCGCGGUCGAGGGACCCGGCAGGGAAGUCGUGGUCAAAGAGCGAGUUCCCAUGAUUCCGCUGGCUUGGAGCUCUGGCGGCAAAGAAGGUGUCCAAGGACCCGAACUGGAAAAAUACAUUGGCACCAAGAUUGAGAAAUUCAAGCACAUGUUCAGUCCUUCUUGA